AUGUCUAACACCAGGCUGGACGGGGCGGUCUCUACCGCUGGAUGCAGUACUAGGGCCACAAACAACAAUACGCAAAAUUUAGGCGGUACAGCAGAGCUCCCGUGUCCAAUGGAUAGAUUUCUGCAGACACCCUUUUUGAUAGACGCAGAGACAGACAAAUGGCGAGUCAAGGGCCUCAAAGCCCUUUAUCUUCUCGUUCAGGAGCUCCUCUACGCAAUCACCAACUCGUUUCACGCGCAGUUAUCAGCGAUGUCAGCGCCAUCUGCUGGCAGUAGCAGCAAUGCUGGUGAGGCGGGUAGUGAGCCUUCUAAGCAAUUUACCUGUCCCUCUGCAGCUUCAUCACUAGACAUACGACUUUUAGAGAUAUAUAGAUCCCUCUUUACCACGUGCUACACAUCCAAGAGAAUGGUGGAGGCAAUUGCCGUCUCCAGCCAGACUCAGACGUCUACUCCCAACGGGACCGACUAUGCUUCUUCAGAGUACGAGGUGGGCGCAUCUAGUUCGACGAUCCAGCUCAGCGAUCACAGCCUCGAUAGCACGGCGUUCGUUGUCUCCACACACCCCGGGCUGGGGUCGUGUGCCUCUUCUGAUUCUACUGCCUUCCCCUCGCAGAUCUCCUUUGAUUCUUCUCCCAUUGCUUCGGAGUUGGAGAAUAUCAAGGUUCCGUGUGAUUCUGCACAGCUACUUUCUAAGGCUGAUGUGGCUGCCAUCAACUCUGCAAUCCUGGUUCCUCCGGUGCCCCCCAUUCCCAUCUUCGCCUUGGCCCAUGCAGGCCUGCCUUACCCUGCCCAGAUAACCACAUCCCAGGCACCGCUAGAUCGCGUUCCCAUAUCCCUCCUUCCCGUUACAGUCGAUCGACCAACCCACAAGCUAUCGGGCAUCUCUGGGAUCCCCCCGGGGUCGGCUAUACAAAAGAGUCUACACACACCUAGUACAAUUCCCAUGAAGCAAGAGCCCUGCAUUCCUGCCACGCGAGCCUCUGCACCGUCCCUGUCGGCAGUGGCGCGCCAGCCCUGCUCUCGCAGCCAUAAGGAAACAGCUACUUGGUCUAAAGAAGAAGACCAACUGCUCGAGAUCGCCGUGGGUAUGUUUAAGGCGAAGAACUGGCGAAAAAUCGCAGACUUCAUAUACAUAAACGGACAUAACCUUCCGCGACGCACUGCCGACCAAUGCAAUCAGCGAUGGCUGAGAACGAUCGACCCUAAGAUCACAAAGGGAAACUGGCCGGCUGAGGAGGACAUGCAGCUCAUCGCUGCCGUCAAGGUCUGCCCCUCGCGGAACUGGAAGGCCAUAAGUGCCCUCAUGCCGAACCGGACAGAUGUGCAGAUUCGGGGAAGACUGCAGAGGCUCGCGCCGAUGCUUCUAGAAAGAGGUAUUCUGACGGCAGACCAGCUGCCCCCCGUUUCUUCCAACCGGGGCCUUUCUGCUGUUCGGAGCCUGUAA